GCAAGCUGUGCUUUCUCUGGGCGAAACGGGACUCUGGUGGCUACCGGACUUAAAGGGCAUAACGCACUGGCAGGCCAUUGUGUCGAUACUAAGCGCCGUCGAAUCGCUUAACUCUCGCGACGUGCGCGUCUUUUGCAUAGCCUGGUUUUACUGCUGCCUCGCGGACCGACGUCAGCUCACCCCGUGGAAGGAAUUUCGCGUCGCAGCGAUGGCUACCGCACCGACCAGCCCAUUGACCCUUCACGAACGCUUGGCGUCGGCUUUACGACAACCUGGCGGCCACUCGGUGUGCGCUAUGAUCGAGAGUUCUGGCAUCAAGUACGCCUGCGUCAUGACUGCCGAUCCAGGACGCGAGACAGCAGAGCACGACAUGAUUUGCUUUUGGUUUACCCCUUCACUACCAUACUUCUACGUUUACCCUGCCAGCCCUAAGUCAAAGUUUAUUGCCACUCUUCACCACCUGCUGCGAGGGAAUCCCGCCCAACAACCCGGAGACUACUUAGGUGAACUCCGCUUCGCAUUUUCCGGUGUCCCUGGGCUCUUGGGUGACGUCGCUGCGAGCCGUAACAUCAAUGCUUGGGACGACCCUGGAAUCGCUUCGAUGAUCCCUUUCCAGACAGACAGAAGCGUGGAACGGCGCCAGCUUGCACGUGAAGAGCCUACCCGGACGCCGCCAUCUUCUGUCGCCUCCAGUCCCAGUGGCGUCAACGUUGUGAAAGUUAUCACGGAACAAAUGACUGAAGAGAUUCGUCGUCUAGAAAAUCGAUGGUUCCAGCGGCUGCCGAUGGGAAGGGCAGCCGAAUCCAGUGUACUGGUGGAGGGUUCCAGCAGUGGCCGUUUACACUCUCAACACGGACUAGCUGCGUCCUUCGUCGAUGCUGCUCAAGCCAGUGCUCCGACAAGCUCGAGCCGCGCAUUUCCGAGAAAUGCCCAAGCGGGACUCCGUGGCAAACCCUACGCAACCUAA